CUAUCAAUAUGGCACCAUUAGUAUCUAAGAUUGAAUCAUUUUUAUUACAAAAAUCAUUAGAUUCUCUUUGUGGCGCAUCAGCUGUUUACUUAACAAUAGAAAAUGACAUUUUGCCCCCUCUUGAAAACAUAAGAGUUAUAGUGGAUCGCGCUGUAAAUUCGUCUCUAUUAAAAAUAGAAGAAGGCGAACGAAGAAUCAAAGUUAUGGAAUUUUGGUAUGUCAUAGCUAAAGGUUUGAAGGCAUUAAAAGUACUUAAUAUAGAGAAAGAUAUUCUCCCAGACAAUAAUCAAGAAAAAAUAGAAGAAAACAUUAACGAAUUAAAAAAUUUGCUUGAGCACCCUACAUCAGAGGCAGAGGCAAAUCUUUAUGGGGCGCUCAAGCAAAUUCUCGUGAAUAUUUGUCCUUCAAGUCUUACAUGGAAAGACCCGGAAGCUAGUAUGGUUCUUAGUGAUACUUCAGACAUUGUGAAAAAUUUGGGGCGUAGACAAAAGAGUACCUUUUUAGAACCUAAGGAGAAUAUGAGAUGUGUUGUGCUGGAAUCAGUUGUAGCAAAAUGUGAUGAAUCUGCUGAACUUGUAAAAGUAACUGAUCGCAUUCUUGAUACACUUGGUGAGAUAUGGAGCAAUCCCACAUUUUCAACCAGUGCAUCUCGUAGUGAGCAGAGUGAGGGGACAUAUAUAACUGAUGUUAUAAUUCCUCUGCUUCGUUCAACUUUGGGAAAUCUUCCAAAUGGUUACAUAUGUCUAAGUACAGUGGAACGUCAAAGUUUAGCAAGUAAAACUCGACGUAAUAUAGGAAUGGAUGGGACACGCAUAGGUAAGAAACCUGAUAUCAUGGGCUUGCUAAAAAACGAUGAAAAAAGUAUAGAGUUGCUGUAUACCGAGUCUUUGCGCAUCAUCUGCAGUAAGUCAAAAAAAGAUGAUGAUGAUGUGAAACUAUGGAGAGAAACUUUAGACAGGGCGAGUUUCAUAGGCUUAUCAUGUAGACCCUCCAGUAAUCAGUUCGGAGUUAUAGGGAUUCAAGUUGCCGGUACGGUUAUGAAAUUAAAUGUUCUUGUGAAGGACUCAGCUGGCAUACCGUGGUAUUUUCAUCUUGAACACGCCGAAAUCCCAUUAUCUCCUCAUGCAUUACACACAAGAUCUCUUGUCCGUUUAUUAUUAACCUUAAGAAAUGUAAUGAUUGUGAAUAAAAGCUUGCUGUUGCAGGCAUUAGAACAAGCCAGAUCUAAUCCACCACGAAAUCCACAUUUAAGCCCUACUAUUUCAUCACCGCCCCAUAAUAAAUAA